GCCCAAACGAGAGAACCCCUCUAUUUCGAUUGUCCAUACCUGAAUGCCGUACUUCCUGACUUUAGGGGUGUGGUUUUUAGAAUUAGCUUCGCUGAAAUAAACUAGCAAAAUAAUAAGAUAUCUAGCCUGUCGACCGCUCUACAAACUAAUUGUAGGCUUACGCAAUGUUCUUCUGAGAAAAAGACUUGUUUACAAGUCGACUCUUUAGUUGCACAGAGUGGCGGGGAUGCGGAAUCAAAAUGGGAAACAUUUUCGGCAGAAAGAGACGCACGCGAGUCACAGAGCAGGACAGAGCCGUUUUGCAACUGAAACAGCAGAGAGAUAAGUUGAAGCAGUACCAAAAAAGAAUCACUCUGCAGCUGGAAAAAGAGAGGAAUCUGGCCAAGCAGCUGCUGAAAGAUGGCAAGAAAGAAAAGGCCCUCCUCUUGCUCAAAAAGAAGAGAUACCAAGACCAGCUCCUAGACAAGACGGAAAACCAGAUUAGCAACCUGGAGCGCAUGUGUCAAGACAUUGAGUUUGCCCAGAUUGAGAUGAAAGUCAUUGAAGGCCUUAAAGUUGGAAACGAUUGCCUGAAGUCAUUGCAUGAGGCGAUGUCCAUUGAUGAUGUGGAGAGAAUUAUGGAUGAGACCCAAGAAGCCAUUGAAUACCAGAGGGAAAUAGAUGAGAUGCUGGCAGGUUCCCUGACACAGGAGGAUGAAGAUGCUAUACUGGCUGAACUGGAGGCCAUCACCCAGGGAGACCUUGACCUACCAGAGGUACCUGAUGAGUCCCUGCCUGAAGUCCCAGAGACAGCUGAGGUAGAACCAGAGCCAGGUCAAGAGAGACCGAGGAAGAAGCAAGAACGGGAGAUAUUGGCUGUCUAGAAACAUGUUUGUUUGCCAGGGGACUUGGUACGCCGGCCACUAUCCCCCUCGUAGGGGUCUCAUGCCCCAACCACCCCAAACACACAGCCACAGAAAGAUUAUCUUCACUCACUGGAAGCAGAAGCAUCUCUUCCAGUCCCUCACCGUCAAGACUGAUGCUCCUGGUGCCCUGCUAGUCCUUGGUCUUGUGAGCCCCACUAUGGCUCUAUAGGGCUCCUCUGGACUCAACAACCCGAUCACUCCAACCAUGGACAUGAACCUUAUUUUUCAGAUCAUUUCCUGCAGGUUCUUUCCUAUUCUCUUUAUGUUUAGGGCCUAUUUUGAUUGAGCAUAUUGCUUAAGUCCCUUGACAGGUGUGUUUUUUGUCUUCUGUGAACAAAUUGUGAUUAACGGACAAAUGAAUGCAUGUCACUUUAUUUAUUUCCCUUCAACCUUUUGUGACUUAGGCUUAUUAUCGGACCACAGAACAUAUUGUCUUUGGGAGGAAUAGCCUACAUUCAUGUUUUAAAGUCAUGACUGUUUUCAGAAACCUAACCUGUUUAGAUGCCAAAUCUUUAUUAAAAAUGCCUUGAUUCCGCCUUACGGGUGGUGCAGUGGUCUAGGGCACUGUAUUGCAGUGCUAGCUGUGCCACCAGAGACUCUGGGUUUGUGCCCAGGCUCUGUCGCAGCCGGCCGCGACCGGGAGGUCCGU